UGUGUGUGUGUGUGCGUGUGUGUGUGUGUGUGUGUGUGUGUGCGCCCCUCCUACCCUCACUCCUCUCUGCGAAAGCCAGAGUUUAUCACUCAGGAUCCGCUGCUGUCCGCCCGUGGAGAGAGACAGAGACGCACCGGGAGCCUCGACGCACAAACUCACCGUGAGGAAAAAAAAAAAUGACCGUGGAGCGAAUAUUCGACGAGCUUGGACAUUUUAAAAGGUUUCAGGCAUGUCUGUACUUUGCAGCUGUCUUCCAGGCCACAGCCUGUGGGAUCCACUACCUGGCCUCUGUUUUCUUAGUGGAGACGCCAAACUUUGUGUGCGGCGUGCCCAACAUUACAAAUGUCCUGUAUGGUAACCUGACAGGAUCCAGUCUGGAAGAAUUCCUGCCAUCCUUCAAUACAAAGAAUGGACCCAUGGUGGUGAGGACGACUGAUGGAGAACAGUGGGAGCUCAGCCGGUGCCGUGUCGCCUUACGCAUCAACCCGAUAGACUUUACAUACGACUUUGAUGGCAACAAGACAGUGAGAGCCUGUGAUAAGAACUUUGCUUACGACCGCAGUGAAAUUCAACAAAGCAUAGUGACGGACUGGGACUUGGUGUGUGAGAAAGAGUGGUUAGCCAAACUGUGCCAGCCCACCUUCAUGCUGGGGGUGCUGAUUGGAGCACUGCUGUUUGGAGACCUGGCUGACAGAGUUGGUCGUGUUAAGAUUCUGAUGUUCACCAGCCUCUGUCAGUUUGGACUUGGGGUGGCUGUAGCGUUCUCUGGAAACUACUAUUUCUUUGUGGUGCUCCGCUUCCUCCUUGCCAUGGUGUCCAGUGGCUACCUCGUAGUGGUGUUUGUUUAUGUCACAGAGUUCACCGGCAUCAAGGUACGCACAUGGACCUCUAUGCACGUGCACGCCGCCUUCGCUGUCGGCAUCAUGGUGGUGGCUCUGACCGGUUACCUGGUGCGUGUCUGGUGGAUCUACCAGAUCAUCCUCUCCACGUGUACCUCACCAUUCUUGUUCUUCUGCUGGAAGUUCCCCGAGACGCCCUUUUACUUGAUGGCCAAGGGCCGUCACAAGGAUGCUCAGAACCUGCUGGACAAAAUCGCCCAGUUUAAUGGCAUUGAUUACAGGCUGAAGGUGGAGGAGCUCCUGGAGCCAGAGGAUAAAGAGAAUGGCACAGCUCUCCUGGCAGAGGAAGCUGAGCAGCCAUCGCAGCCCGAAAAGAAGCUGUCCAUCCUGGAUCUGUUUGGUAGCUGGAGGAUGGCUGGCCGCACAUGCACAGUGUGGGCCAUCUGGUUCAUUGGCAGCCUGGGCUACUAUGUCUUCUCUUUAGGCUCGGUUAACCUGGGAGGAAACCAGUACAUUAACCUCUUCCUCGUUGGCGCGGUGGAGCUUCCCUCUUAUCUGGUUGGCUGUUUUGCAAUGGACCGAAUCGGCAGGAAGAAGACUUGUGCCCCAGCUCUGCUCCUGGCCGGGGUCGCUUGUAUGCUCAUCAUUGUGGUACCUCCUGACAUCGAGGUACUGGCCAUCGCUCUAAGUAUGACAGGGAAGUUUGCCAUCGCUAUUGCCUUUGGUCUCAUCUACCUGUACACCUGUGAGCUUUACCCAACCAUCAUCAGGUCUCUGGCAGUGGGUAGUGGCAGUAUGAUGUGUCGUGUUGGCAGUGUGGUGGCCCCCUUCUGUGUGUAUCUUGCUGAUGUCUGGGUUUAUCUACCUCAGCUAAUUGUGGGAAUCCUGGCAUUCAUUAUCGGAGUGCUGACGCUUAUGUUGCCUGAGACCCUGGGCAAACCUCUAACAACCACCUUGGAAGAGGCUGAAGCUUUGGGACGCGAGCCCAGCAAGAAAAACUCAGCCCUGGGCAAUAAAGAUGCUGAAGACGGGUUGGAGAUGAACCAAAAUUAAGCCAAACCCUGAGUUGUACACUGCUGGAAAACCAGAGAGACAGACGUACAAAGAGAAUCUUUGGAAAGAAAAGUUAAAUAAAGGAGAAGAGGCGACAUCUGCCAAAAACAAAAAUAGUAACAUCAUCAUUGAUAUAAUGGAUUGUUGAAAGAAGCUUUUUUCAGACUUUACACAAAUGUAACACAAUAUGGUGCAAAAACAGUUUGUGAAUUUAAUGAUCAAGAAAAGAAUGUGCUAUGUCUUCUCUCGUGUGUGUGUGUGUGUGUGUGUGUUUGCGUGUGUGUGUGUGUGUGUGUUUGUGUGUGUGUGUGUGUGUAUUGUGUGUUUCCAAGACCAAGGAAAUGUGAAGUAUAUUAAAGGAUCAUUUCAGUUUGUGAAAACUUUGGCCCAUUAUUUUUCUGAUAACUUUGUGCUCACCAAAGCAGUUACUGAGAUCUGGGAGCACUUGGACACAGUAGCCAGGCUUUAGUUGAUGGUGGAAGCCAAUGCACAAGUCACGGCAUGCACAGCAGGUCAAGUUCAACUGGAAAAUAUGACGGAUGGUUCUUCUUUCUUUCACACUUUCAGAUUAGCUCAGCUAAAUCUAGAAAAUCAUCUCAGAUCUUAGCAAUUAACUUUGAGAAUACAAUGCUGUAGGA